GUUAAUAAACAAUUAACAUCAUGAACUUAGAAGACUCAACCCUAAAUGUAAUCCUUCAUAAAUUAUUGGAUCGGUUCAUUAAUUUGUUUGAGAGAUAUGCAGAAGACAAUAGAAUUGACUCACAGAAAAUAUAUUGUGAAAUUAUUAAAAGAAGUUCUGAGGUUGGUCAUGAGCUGAAAAGGAUGGCAUUCAGUUCUCAAGCAGGAAUCAAGACAGCUGAUUCUCAAGACUUGGAGAAUGAGUUGAGUGUCAAACUUGAACUUCUAGUGGAUAAAUUUUCUUGUCAAGAUUUUUUUGAAUCUGCCUGUAACUUUCCAGAAAUAUCUUUUGAUUACCAUUUAUCGGACGAAGAUGUUCAUAAUUUUCUUUACAUCGUCAUUAUGCAACAGGGCAAACUUUUGAAACCAUCAUCAACUGAACUAUCAAAUAAAUUUGGAUUUCCCCUCACGGCAUCUCAGUUUUUAACAAAUAUUACAAAGCAUAAUUCCAGUUUUGCGAAGACUUUUGAAUUCGGAGUAGAUUGUGAACACUUCUCCUCAUCGGCACAGUUUCCAAAAGAGCAGCUAGUUUUUGAAAAUGACCUUGUAGAAUUACAGAGCUUAUUCAGUGCAGAUCUUCCUGGUAAAAGCCUAAAUUCUGUUAAUGCACAAUCAUUGCCCAAUACUGAAGACAGAGUGUUUGGCAAUGGCAAACCAGGGGGUCAACACUGGAAGAAAUGGCCUCCUGAAGAAAGACUGAGUGUUUCAUCGUCGCAAACAGAUUUUUCCGAUUCUGCAUCUGUGGACUUCGAAUUAUUUUGUAAUGCGCCGGCAGAUGAAGAAAAGAAGUUUUUGAGCUGGGAACAAUGUUUAGGAGGAUUUCUCCCGAACCACCUGUACACGAGCGAACUGAGUCCUGAGGAGGCUUGCCACCUGGCAAUUAAAGAAUCUCAAAUAUACCACUCCCUCUUUGAUCCUUACAACACCAUCUCUGAAGUCAACAUGGUGCAACAUGCUUUGGACUUGCUGAUAGGGAUCCCAUCCAGUACUUUUCAGUUAAAUGAUGUAGGUUUAUUUGAACUUAAACAAGGGAUUCACCUUCCAAAUUGCUCGACUGGAAGCACUUGCGGAGUAAUGUCAGAUUUAGUUACUUCUGGAAAUAUAUUUCAUAUGCUUCAGAAUUGGUGUGGCGACAUUCAUCCUUCUAUAGAUGGAUUAAUAUUGACUGGCUUGAAAACAGGUGUGAAAAAAUGUCUUUCCUUGUAUACGGAAUACAUCUUUUCUGUAAAGAUGAAUACUCCAAACAUGAGCUUGCUGAAGAUGGAUGUCUUUAAAAAUGCUCAAAUAAUAAAUGCACUUGGAAAUAUAUGUGGAAUCAAUCUGAAGACAUACUCUUUCAAUGGUGUUUCAAAAGGCUUUAAUUUGUUUCAUCAUUUAAGAUCCAAGGUCGUGGGGCAUAAACAUGAAGAUUACGCAAUUAUCUUGCCAGUUCUUCUAAAGUAUACAUACAAACCAUACUUAAACUUUCUCAAUAAAUGGAUGACAGAAGGAAUUUGUGAUGAUCCGUUCAGUGAGUUUCAAGUUAUUGAAGAUCCUAGGUACUUAAAUUAUCGAGAUUCUCUAUUUUGGAGAUAUGCUUACAUAGAAAAUGUGGAAAGUCCAGAACGAAAAAUACCUCCAGAAUUCAAGAAAUUUUCUCACGGCAUUUUGAAUUGUGGAAAAAGUAUAAGGCUCUUGAAAAUGUGUUGUUCCGAGUUACCUAGUCUGAAAUUCAUUUUCCAUCAUCCUCUGCCAUCGCUGUCCAUGAUCUUCUCGUAUCAUGCCGCUGCUCACAGGGACUUGGAGUGCACGAGCUACCUCGAGCACAUGGAGGAGAUGGAAAAGUGUGUUGCCAUGAACUCCACAGUAUGGGAGGACCAGGGGUACCUCGACAGUCAGUUGUGUUUAUCCGAGAGAGCCGUGAGAAGAAAUGUGCUAGGAAAGUGGAAAACUCUUGUGUCUACUGCAACUGCAUUUAAUAGUGACCUCGAACAUCGAGACUCUGAUCAAGAUGACCACUCGUGUUCGUCCAUCAAAAGUCCUAGUUUGUCAAGACCUAUCAAAAGGUUCAAGUCUCUUGACACCUUAAUUCCCCAAAGAGAAGAGUACGGUUUUAGUGGCCUUGCCAUGCAUGGUGUUGGAACUUUGUUUUCUACCUGUGGUCGUGUGGAAAGUACUUUUAGCCCCGAGAACACCGAAAUAUCUGGAGACUCGAAUCUUAAUGAAAUUCACCUGUUAAAGAGCGUGGGCAUUCAGUCCUGCUUCGGCAGCACAAAAUUCAACUCUGCAUUCCUGUGUACGAGAUCUAACGAAGAAGUUAAAUGUAAAAUGCUAAUUCAUUCAAAUGACUGUGCCCAAGCAAAUGAUAACUCAGGAGCAUCAAUUCCUUGUGAUACCAGUAAAUGUGAUGAAAGUGUUGAUGAUGUUGACCAUUAUAUUGUACCUUCAGGAUCAUUUGUGGACAAAUUGCUUUCACUGCUGUUGAGCCAGUAUGGGGACUCUAAAGAAGAAGUGUAUUCUUUCCUUCAAUUUUAUUCAUUCCACAGCCUAAUGGUGCAUAAUUUCAGCUCUGUGCUGGAUAUGAGAAUUCACUUAAUUGAAAAGAUGGUGCUGAAGUAUAUAGUGCAGGAUCUAGGUUUGGAUUGUGUUUUGAAGCGUCUGAGAGACAUCUAUUUCUUUCUGGAUGAAGGUUUUUGUCAGUCUCUUUGUUUACAGUUAUUUGAUUUGGUUACCACCUGUAGAACUCCGUCCCAGUUUGCAAAUUGGGCUCAUCUGAAUGAAUUGCUCUCCAAUGCCGUAUCCAUGUCAUCCAAUGGGAAUGAAAAUUUUGUCGAUUCCAUCAGUAUCAAUAUUGUUUCUAUUCCAGAAAACAUGCCUUUGAGUCGAGGAGAAUUUUUGAAAUUGUUCUAUGUUCAGUUUGAGGUGUCCUGGCCUCUGAAUAUUAUCGUUCACAGUGCAUGCAUCAAGCAGUACAUGAAUAUUUUAUCAAUGCUGCUCGAAAUCGAAUACUUGUGUUGGCUCCUCGGAAAGUGUUGGAAGCUGUUAAUGGAAAAAGGGAAAGACCUUCAUUUAGAAGAUAAUUCCCAAUACAGGAAGAUUUUGUUCUGCAGAUUUGACAUGGAUCGAUUCAUUAACGUGAUACAGAACAGCAUCCGUGAGCAACUCCCUGGCCCCCUGUGGGAGGACUUAAUGAAAGGACUACAUUCUGGAAAGAUGAGCAUAGAUGCAUUGGAAGAGUUGCACCGUCAAUACUUGGAGAAAGCGUUAGCCAGGUGUUUCCUGACCGAGGAAACCAGAGUCUUGCACGAGCUCGUCUCCGUCAUGUUUCGGCAAGUGUACAAGUUCUGUAGCGGAGUGAUGGACUGCCAGUGGCGAAUGAAUUCUACCACUGGAGCACACGAAACACCCGGUUACAGAUAUUUGUGCACUGCAUUUUCCAUUUAUAAGCAGUACCAAAGCGUGUUUCUGGAGCUGUGGAUUGAAAGCUCCUGCAUUGCAACCAGGAACAACAAAGGAAGCAUUGACGAAGAAGUUUGGACGACAUUGGGACAGCGCCUAUCAGGAAUUCCUGGAAUCGAUAAAUGAAUUCAAAU